AUGGCUGGGAUGGUUGCUGGUAUCCUCCUGAAGGUGGUUGUGGGGGUUGGUAUCCCCCUGAGGGUGGUUGUGGUGGUUGGUAAUUUCCUGAUGGAGGCUGUGAUUGAGUCAAUGGCCCUGAUGAGGACACUGGCAUUUGCGGAGGAGGAGCAACGGGUGCGCUGGCUGACUGUUGGUAUGAGGCAGGAGCAGUGGCGUAACCUAUUCAUUACCUUGUAUUUCGGUCAAAAAUUCAGGUAUUCUGACUUACCACCUCCACCGCUGCUUCCUCCACUUGUGCCACCACCACUUCCGCUACUACCUAUUAAAUUUCAAUGUUUAUAG